CAAGAAUUCAAGAUGGCGGCCAAAGGAUGGCUAGAGCUGGAAAGCGAUCCGGGUAUGUUUUUGACGUUAUUUGCACCGCGAUUUUUGUCAUUUGAAAACAUUUUACCGUUGAAUAAUAAUUUAAUUCUUUUGUCUAUUCCCACAGGGGUAUUUUUGCUUUUAAUAGAAGAAUUUGGUGAGUUUUUAUUGUCCAAAAUCAUCAUAGGAAUGUUUGUAAUUUUUGUUAUUGUCUAUUUGAUUGCAUUAUGCCCUGAUCUUACAGCUUUACUGCUCUAGGCAUGCACCAGAUAUACUGGCCGGAUAUCGGUCUUGCUUAUUUACGGUUCAGGCUAUCUUUUCAGGUUGAAAAUGAAGCGAUGUGGUUAAAAUGUAGUGGUGUUUUUUAUCAUAUAGUUUUGAAAUGUUAACGUGCUUGGUUGCAAAAGCUUUUGAACUUUGUGAACAAGACAUUUCAGCCGUACACAUGCAUUGAUGCAAAGUUCUUCCAGUCAUUUUGCUCUCAGUACAUACAAGUUGAAAUAAAUUUUAUAGGAUUUUCUUGAAAAAAAGUUAAAACACAAAUUAGUGAAUAAUUACUUUAAAUUUUAAAACGCACACACAAAGUGAAACAAAAUAGACAAGACAAGCAAACACAACAGCGUUGAAGGUGGUAUCCAUUCAAUAGAUCUGAUUGCAAAAAGCACUAAUAAUUUGGUGCAACCUUAUAUAUGCUCAUUUGGGGAUUAAUAUUCCAUGGACAGGAAGCCAUUGACAUGCAUGACCUGAAAUAGAGAAAAAUAUGCCCUGGCAAAGUAUUUUUCUUUUUGUCAAAUUAAGUCUGCAAUAUUUUAUUUUUUUUGAUCUGCCAAUUAAAAUGGUCCAACUCAACUAUAAAGGAAAUGAAUGUUAUUUUCUCCAAUGCGACUUUAAAUCAUGCAUUUCAAUUAUUUAUGUUUUUGCCGGAUCAGAAUUAUAUUUGCCAAAAAUAAUUUUGCAAUAACAAAAUAAUAAUAAUAAUUUUACAAAAACAAUUUUUUUAUUAAUGUUUUCCCUGCCAUUUUGUAAUAUAUGGGCUGCUUUUGGCCAUUGACACAGUGGCGGCGCCAGGCUUCCAAAUUUGAGGGGGCAUUUGAGGGGCGAACUCAAAUUUUGGGGGGGCAAGAUAGAAUUUUUAAAAAGGUUGCCCCCCCCAGGAAAUUCGCCCCCCCCCCUCAAAACGUGGCGAUAUUCCUAGGAAUAUCGCCCCCGGGGGCGAAUAUCCUAGGAAUAUCGCCUCCCAGGGGGGUGGGGCGAAUACCCUAGGAAUAUCGCCCCUCUUUAGGACAUUCGUCCCCCAUAUAUGCGAUGUGGUUUAUUCAAAUAAUUUCGUGAUACUUUCAUCUUAUUAAUUAUUGCCUUACACGUUUGAGAAUUUAACUCUGCAAAACUAAAGCUUUUUUGUCUUUUUUUUAAACGUAUUAUUGGAGUAUUGGCAAGUUUUACCAUUCAGAGAUUUACAAACUAAUAUUGAAACUGUAAAAAACAGUUUCAUGUAUACGCGCAUUCACUAAUGAGUAAUGAAAACUUAUAAGCCAUACAUUUUCCGAUAACGACAGAACGCUUGUGUAGCCUUUAGUCGCUCUUAGUGACUAAUAAUUUUUUUUGAGGGGGGGGCAAAAAUGGGGGGGCAAAAAAUAAUUUGGGGGGGGGGGGCAUUUGCCCCCCCCCCUGACGCCGCCACUGCAUUGACAGCUUGCUAUUUCAAACCAUAAUAGAGCAUUAAAGCUAUCGCCAUUAAGGCUAAGGAAUUAACUUGAAUGGAACAGGUCUGGAGGUAUUGACUGUCAACUCCAAAAAAUCCCCGGCUACCUUCGCAUCAAUAAAAUGUGCAGCCAUGUGUUUCUUAUUCAUCUCUGUUUAGGUGUACAUGGUGUUCAAGUGGACGAAAUUUAUGAUUUAUCCAAACCAAUUAAAGGGUACGGAUAAAAUGACAUCACAGAUCAUUUUCGGAUCAGUUGAUAUACACUUAAAAUAUGCAAUCCUGUAUUGUCACUGUAUCGAGCAUGUUGAAUUGAAUGUAAAUUGGGAAACACUACAGAAGGUGAAUCCAAUUGUUGCUUUGAUUUUCCAGGCAUGUUUAUGGUUUUGUAUUUUUAUUCAAAUGGAAUGAAGAACGGCGCUCUCGAAGAAAGGGAGUGACACCACUUGACGAGGCUUUUGUGGAAAGUGACGAUAUUGUCAAUAACAUGUUCUUUGCACAACAGGCAAGUCAGAAUAUGUGUCAUUGGAAUAUUGCAAAUAAAACUCCAAAAUUAAUAUAUAUUACACUGUAACACACACAACUGGGUUAUACUGAAUAUAAAACGAAGGAAAUCACUACUGUACACAUCGGUGAUUUUAUUCGUUAUAAAAAUCAUGUCAUUUACAUAAACCUUAGCUUUGAUUUUCUCGGCUUUAAAAGGUUUAUUUUUAAAGUUACUUUGCCAAUGAACUCAUCAGAUGGGUCGUUUUUUAAGCCAUUUAAAACAGUCCGUGCCUUAUCAGACAUAAAACACUUGAGCUGUGUUCUCAUGUUUUAUAUCUGAUAAAGCACUCCUGCUUGUGUUUUAAAUAUACAUAAAUUGUAACAAACAAAAACAAAUUAUAAACUAUAAAACAAAUUACACAAAAUGUGAUAAUUAUUCAGUAGUAAUUAACCCAUUUAGUGCCAGCACUCUCCCCUUAACAGGUAAUUUUUCAAAAGUAGGACCUGCAUUUAGAAAAUAACAAAGUAGGGUGCACUAGGGCACAAUGCCACUCAACAGGAUGCAUAGGCAGAUUAACUUAUUAAAUUGCAGCACUCUCCCAUUGACGAAAUAAAAUUGUCUGGCAUUAGACAGAGUAAAAUUAAAAAGUAGGGUUUAUCAGGCACAUUGCCAUUUUAAUUAAAGGAUCAAAGUGGUCUGGUCUUUAUCCAAGCAAGCAAAUAUGUCAUUCUUUCUCUGCCAUUAUUUUUCUAGAUAAUCCCAAAUUCCUGUGCAACUCAUGCUUUGCUCAGUGUUUUAUUAAAUUGUGAUGAGCUUCAUCCCGGUGAGACAUUGAGCAAACUUAAAGAAUACACAAAAGGAUUUGAUCCCGAGGUAGGAGAUGAUAUACAAGAUCAAACGAGAAUGAGAGUACAUCAGAGUCCUGGGACUCCCCUAGAAUGAAAAAUGGACGCCUUUGGAUGCCCAAAUUCUGGGGGGGAAAGGGAAAUUAUUUUCAAUUAUUUCCCUAAGUAUAUUAAUAUAUCUGAAGCGAAAUAGCUUCAAUUCUCAUUAUUAUUAUACAUUAGACAAUUUGAUCAAUUUGAUGGUGUGCCUGGCUGAAUGAAAAUGUCAUAUAGCGGCACAAAGCCAAAUGUAUUUGAAAAAAUUCGAACGAGCUUGGAACAGAUACUGACAUGAAGUAACAUAAACUUCAAAGGUUUUCCAGAGGAACGUUUUCUCACCCUCUCACCCUCCCCCCCCCUUUACUGUAGAUGUAUCGUUCUACCAAAAUUGGACGCCGUCUUUUAGGACCCUGGUUAAAAGCCUGGUUCUUAAUGCUUUCCCAACACUAUCAUGUAUUUGAUUGAAGUUAAAACAUAGUUGGAACACUUAUCAAACCUUUAUUUUGUUAAUCUAGAGCUUGAAAUGUCCCCUGUAACAUUGCAUGACUGAUGACUGCCAAACUCUCAUGCUCAUUGACUGAGGCUUAACAGUUAAAGCUUCACAUAACAUUGACCUCAGCUCCAUCCAAGAAUUGUUUAAUAUUACACAAUUUGAUUUCUUUAGACGAAAGGAUACGCUAUUGGAAAUAUUCCUGAGAUAGCCAUAGCACACAAUAAAUAUGCUAGGUGAGAACAAUUAGUUCAAAUAUUUAGUUAUUAAAUAGAAUAUUUGAAGCAAGAUUAAGGAUAGCAAGAUUAAGAACACUAUACCUUAUAGCUUUCCGUAGGGACGCGCGAAAGCACCAAUCCGAUACGAAAUGUACAACUUUCAGAAGCUGAGCGAAACAACAUCUCUCUGUUGCAAUAAAUCCUCUGAAAAUAGCGUUCCUAAAGGUAGGGGUAGGUGUUUUUUCGCAUUGCCAUACAGAAAGCUAUCCAGUUUGUGUAAACAUAGUUUGAGAUAUAAAAAAUAUAAGCAGUACAACGCAUCUUAUUAUAAUGUUUUGUUGCUUUUUUAGACCAAUUCAUCGCAUUCUCCCGGACAGCAAGCCAGGAAACACGUUGUCAACAGCCAAAGCAGGGGAAACAUUUCAUUUCGUUAGUUAUAUUCCGAUCAAUGGAAGACUAUUUGAAUUAGAUGGAUUGAAGCCAUACCCCAUUGACCAUGGUACGGGAAAACCUUCGGAUUGAUAGGGAUACAACUGCCUGACAGGGGCGGGUCUGGCCUGAUUUGUUAGAGGGGGUGGAGGUUUUCCAGAGGGAUGCAUUAC